UAUACACACACCUUUUACGUAUCACCUUAGUUUUCAAUGGCCAACCAAAACUCUCUGCCCCUCUAUGAGAAAUUCUGGUACAAGCACAAUUACAAAAGGGUAACGGAAAGCUUGCUUUCAGUCCUCCUCUUAUGGUUGCUUGGUUACCGUGUUAUCUCUAUCAACAACUACUCUUUCCCUUGGUUUGUUGCCUUUUUAUGUGAGUCGUGGUUCACCAUCUCUUGGUUUUUAGCCCUAACCACUGAAUGGAGUCCAGCAGUAACCAAAACCUACCCAGAUCGUCUCUUGCAAAGUGUGCAAGAGCUUCCGCCAGUGGACUUGUUUGUGACAACAGCAGAUCCUGAACUUGAACCACCGAUUAUCACAGUGAACACUGUGUUAUCUCUGUUGGCACUUGAUUACCCAGCUCACAAGCUAGCUUGUUAUGUUUCUGAUGAUGGUUGCUCCCCUCUUACCUUCUACGCUCUUCAGGAAGCCUCUAAAUUUGCAAAAUUUUGGGUACCUUUUUGUAAGAAGUACGAAGUCCAAGUUAGAGCUCCACUCAGAUAUUUCUUUGACAAACCUGAGGUCUCCACAGCCAACAACACGCCAAAGUUCAAACAAGAAUGGUUAAAAAUGAAGGAUAUGUAUGAUCAACUUAGCCGCAAAAUAGACUUGGAUUCUUUUACAAAAUCAAAUCCAUGUCUUGGAGAAUUUGCGACUUUCUCAAACACUGAGAGGACAAACCAUCCGUCCAUAAUCCAGGUUAUAUGGGAGAACAAUGAAAGCCUUGCAGAUGGAUUGCCUCAUUUAAUCUACAUAUCUAGAGAGAAGAGGCCAAAACAGCCCCAUCAUUUCAAAGCCGGUGCCAUGAAUGUGUUGACAAGAGUUUCUGGGUUGAUAACCAACGCUCCCUUUAUGUUGAACGUGGAUUGUGACAUGAUUGUAAGUAAUCCAAAGAUUGUUCUGCAUGCGUUGAGCAUUUUGCUUGAUCCCAAGGGAGAAAAAGAAGUUGCGUUUGUUCAAUGUCCCCAACAAUUCUAUGCUACAUUGAAGGACGAUCCUUUUGGGAACCAGAUGACAAUUUUGUUCAAGAACUUGGCGCCCGGAUUAGCUGGACUGCAAGGACCUUUCUACGGGGGAACAAACUGCUUCCAUAGAAGAAAAGUUAUUUAUGGUCGUUCUCCGGAUAACAUUGAAAAGGGAAGCGGCAUAUCAGACGAGGAAUUCAAAGAAAAAUUUGGGGCUUCAAAGGAUUUUCUGAAAUCAGCUGCUUUUGCUUUGAAAGGGAGGAUAUAUUCGCCUAAUGAUAUUAAUAUUUCGAAUGUUGUUGACGUAGCAAGCCAAGUUGCCGGUUGUGGAUAUGAAUAUGGCACAGGAUGGGGCAAACAGGUGGGUUGGAUAUAUGGAUCAAUAUCAGAAGACGUACUCACCGGGCUGACCAUACAUGAGAAAGGUUGGAGAUCAGAAUUGUGUACACCAAGCCCAAUUCCCUUCACUGGUUUUGCUCCAGGAGGUGGCCCAACUUCAAUGGCCCAGCAAAAGAGAUGGGCCACAGGAAUGCUUGAAAUCUUCAUAUGCAAGCAUUGUCCUAUUAUUUCUUCCCUUUUCCGUAAGCUUACUUUGAGGCAGUGCUUAGCAUAUAUGUGGAUUAUCAAUUGGGGUCUGCAACCAGUCUUUGAAGUAUGUUAUGCAUGUCUCCUUGCAUAUUGCAUCAUCACCAACUCCAAUUUCUUGCCCCAGGACCUAGGAAUAUGUAUCCCUAUUGCAUUUUUUGCAAUUUACAAGGUAUAUACUGUAUGCGAAUAUUUGGCAGCAGGGUUAUCAGUUCGAGAGUGGUGGAACAAUCAAAGGAUGUCAAGAAUAACAUCCAUGAAUGCUGGUUUUUGUGCAUUUCUUAGUGUCCUACUCAAGUUGUUAAGAAUAUCUGAAACUGUGUUUGACGUAACAAAGAAAGACUUACCCCCAACAGGAAAUGUUCUAGAUGAUAAGGAUGCUGGAAGGUACACCUUCGAUGAGUCCGUAGUUUUCUUGCCAGGCACUACCAUUUUGUUGUUGCAAUUGACAGCAAUGGUUAUCAAGUUAUUAGGGUUGCAACCACCAGUGCCAACUCCGAGUAGGAAUGGAAGUGGACUAGGUGAGAUUUUCUGUAGUGUUUAUUUGAUGAUUUGCUAUUGGCCAUUUCUGAGAGGAUUAUUUGAGACAGGAAAGUAUAGGAUUCCCAUGUCCACAAUAUGCAAAGCAGCUAUAUUGACAUGUCUCUUUGUACACCUAUGUAGAAGGAUCAUUACUAGUUGAUGGGGUUCAGAAACAUGGAUAAGCCAUCAUUAAUAAAUAAGGAAAUGUUUGUUAA